GAUUUGUCUUGACAUCUCCCGAUCAUUCCGCUGUUCAGCAUGGGCUUCCUAACAAGAUCUCGGCGCGAGCAAGACCCUCCCGCUGGAGGUGUCGUUCAAGACAACCCCGCCACCAACUCCGCCCUCGACACUGAGUUGGCAAAAGAGGACAAUGGACCGUUACACAUUUUCAGUUUCCGCACAAUAUACAUGGGUGUCUUGGUUUCCUUCGGAGGACUUAUCUUCGGUUACGACACGGGCCAAAUUUCGGGUUUCACGGCUAUGACGGACUUUUUGGAACGAUUUGCCGACCAGACCGAUGCCGAUGGUAGCCCAAAGUUCAGCAACGCACGCGAAGGUGUAAUCGUUGCGUUAUUAAGCAUUGGUACUCUCAUCGGCGCACUCAUUGCUGGACCGGUUGCCGAUAAAUUUGGUCGCAAAUACUCCAUUAUCUUCUGGAAUCUUAUUUUCUGCGUCGGAGCUAUUGUCCAGAUCUGCACGGUCAGCACCUGGUAUCAAAUGGCACUUGGUCGCUGGGUCGCCGGUCUGGGAGUCGGCGGUCUUUCGCUUCUUACUCCGCUGUUUUUGUCCGAAAGUGCACCAAGACAGAUCAGAGGAGCUCUCGUUUCUGCUUACCAAGCGGCCAUUACAGCCGGUAUCCUUAUUGCAUACCUUAUAAACUUCGGAACAAAGUCUCUAAGUGGUCCUCCGUCUUGGCGGGUGACAAUUGGAAUCGGCUUUGUCUGGCCAGCAAUCAUGGCUGGUGGUAUACUCUUCCUCCCCGAGUCCCCUCGGUGGGAGUACAGCCGUGGAAAAAAGGCAGAGGCUCGCAGGACUAUCGCCAGGAACUACGGUGUCUCAGAGAAUCAUUCGAUCGUCAACAAUGAAAUCAACGAGAUCCAAGCAAAGAUUGAUGCCGAGAGAGCUGGAGGUGGCGCGCCGACCUGGGUUGAGCUCUUCACCGGACCUCGCAUGGCCUAUCGCACCAUCCUCGGAGUCGCUAUUCAGAUGUUUCAACAAAUGGUCGGCGCCAACUACUUCUUCUAUUACGGAACCACUGUCUUUAAGGCCACUGGCUUGAAUGACAGUUUCGUUACGAGCAUCAUUCUUGGCGCAGUCAACUUUGCUUGCACUUGGCCCGGGUUGUACUUUGUUGACCGUUUCGGUCGCCGUCCCUGCUUGAUGAUUGGCGCCCUAUGGAUGUUCAUGUGCUUUAUGGUGUUUUCGUCUGUCGGCCAUUUCGUUUUAGACCAAGAGAAUCCAGAGAACACACCGAAAGCGGGAACUGCUUUAAUCGUCUUCGCUUGCCUCUUCAUUGCUGCGUUCGCCUCCACCUGGGGACCGAUGGCUUGGGCUGUUGUAGGAGAAAUCUAUCCUACUAGGUACCGCGCGAAGUGCAUGGCCUUGGCAACUGCGUCAAAUUGGACUUGGAACUUUAUGAUAUCAUUUUUUACUCCAUACAUAACCGGUGCAAUCGAUUAUCGCUACGGAUACAUCUUCGCAGGCUGCUGUUUCGCCGCUUUCCUGACUGUCUUCUUCUUUGUCUGCGAAAGCCAAGGCAGAUCGCUCGAGGAGAUUGAUACCAUGUACAUUUUCCACGUUAAGCCUUGGAAGAGCAAGGGCUGGGUACCUCCCGAGGGUGAGGAGCUCACCGGAGUCGACAACAUGUACCUCACUCCCGGCGCGAGGGACAUUCGCAAGGCCGACCAGGCUGGCAUGCCUAGUGCUAAGCACAAUGAGAACCUCAUGACUAGCACUUAGAGGUCGAAGCCGAUGCAAUACCGCUUAUUGAAGGCUUUUGGCUAUUUCUCGUAUCGCCAUAUCUUUAUGGAGAAAAGCCUCACAAAUUGGAAGACCGCAGAGAAAGAUCAAGAUAGACGGAAUAUUUUAGAAGGAGUUGAAUAUUUCUGCUUCGGAUAGACGGAGGACGAUAUACCCACCUAUAGAUAGAGAUAUGAAGAAAUGACAUCUACAUCC